AACUACACGAAGAACCUUUAAGGAAUAGCUAAAACCGUAUAGAAAGCAUCUAGAAUCCACUUACCAAUCCUUUAAUUUCUUAAAAAAUAUUUCCCAAAUAUCUUUUCCUUUUUCCUCUAUUUUGUAAUAUAACACCUUAUCCUUUUAAAAACCACCUACAAAGCCCGGGAACAGAACUCUCCUCUCCUCUCCUCUCCUCGAGUUGGUCUUUUUGAGCGUCGCCAAGGUUCUUGAAAUUAGUAAGAGACAAAAUGCGGGUCGCCGUGGUAGGUGCCGGAAUCAGCGGCCUCGUGGCCGCCUACGAGCUCGCCGAUGCCGGCGUCAACGUCGUGCUCUACGAGGAGGAGGAUCAUCUAGGCGGGCACGCGAAGACCGUUGCGGUCGACGGAGUCGAUGUAGACCUUGGAUUCAUGGUCUUCAAUCGGGUAACAUAUCCGAACAUGAUGGAGUUCUUUGAGACCCUUGGAAUUGAAAUGGAGAUUUCUGACAUGUCAUUUUCCGUCAGUCUUGAUGAAGGGAAGGGUUGUGAAUGGGGGAGCAGAAAUGGAUUAUCCGGUUUAUUUGCACAAAAAAGAAAUGCAAUUAAUCCUUAUUUUUGGCAAAUGAUCCGUGAAAUUGUCAAGUUUAAAGCUGAUGUUCUUAAGUAUCUUGAGGAUCAUGAGAACAAUCCUGAUUUGGGCCGAGGUGAAACCCUGGAGCAGUUCAUCAAGUCACAUGGAUACUCUCAGUUGUUUCAGACUGCUUAUCUUGUACCCAUUUGUGCUUCAAUCUGGUCAUGCUCUUCUGAGGGAGUGAUGAGAUUCUCGGCUUUCUCUGUGCUCUCAUUUUGCAGGAAUCAUCAUCUACUUCAGCUCUUUGGUCGUCCCCAAUGGCUCACAGUCAAGGGGCGUUCGCAUCAUUAUGUCAACAAGGUUAGAGAAGAGCUGGAGAAUAGAGAUUGUCAUAUUAAAACUGGUUGUGCAGUGCAACUGAGGAUUUGGUUUAUGGUGGCAGGCUGUCGUGUGUUAUUGGUAGAUAAUUCAGAAGAGAUAUAUGAUGGAUGCAUAAUUAGCGUCCACGCACCAGACGCUUUGAAAAUUUUAGGAACAGGAGCAACAUAUGAGGAAUCAAGAAUACUUGGUGCUUUUAGAUAUAUGUACAGUGAUAUAUAUCUUCAUCGCGACACAAAAAUGAUGCCCCAGAACCCAGCAGCAUGGAGUGCCUGGAAUUUUCUCGGAACAACCAACAGUGGUGUUUGUCUUUCGUACUGGCUCAAUGUGCUCCAGAAUCUUGGUCCAACUGAACCUCCUUUCCUUGUGACUCUCAAUCCUCCCUGUACUCCUCAGCAUACUGAACUUAAAUGGAGGACAAGCCAUCCUGUUCCUUCAGUGGCAGCAUCAAAAGCUUCACUUGAGCUUGAAAAAAUUCAGGGCAAAAGAGGAAUUUGGUUUUGUGGUGCAUAUCAAGGCUAUGGUUUCCACGAAGAUGGAUUAAAGGCUGGUAGAGUUGCUGCACACGGUGUUCUUGGAAAGGAAUAUAAUCCUUUGAAAAAUCCAACACAUAUGGUACCUUCUUUGAUGGAAACUGGAGCAAGACUUAUAGUUACUAGAUUUCUUGAACGUUAUAUAUCGACUGGUUGCUUGACGUUGCUAGAAGAAGGAGGUACAAUUUUUGUUUUUGAAGGAAUCAACACGAAAAGUCACAUGAAAUCCGUCUUGAAAGUUCACACUCCUUUGUUCUACUGGAAGAUUGCUACACAAGCUGAUUUAGGACUUGCAGAUGCAUAUAUAAAUGGGUACUUUUCCCUUGUGGACAAGCAAGAAGGCCUUCUAGAUCUUCUUCUGAUUCUUAUUUGUAACAGAGAUCUUACAAAUCCAUCAAGCAAGAGUUUAAAUAAAAGAGGUUGGUGGACACCAUUAUUUUUAACAGCUGGAGUUUCAUCAGCCAGAUAUUUUUAUCAUCAUGUUUCAAGGCAAAACAGUCUCACGCAAGCUCGUCGUAAUAUCUCUCGUCACUAUGAUCUGAGCAAUGAAUUUUUCUCUCUAUUCUUAGACGAGACGAUGACAUAUUCUUGUGCAAUUUUCAAGAUGGAGAAUGAAGACUUGAAAGUUGCUCAGCUACGAAAACUGUCCCUUUUGAUUGAUAAGGCUAGAAUUGAAAGCAAACAUGAAAUUCUUGAGAUUGGAUGCGGUUGGGGAAGUCUAGCAAUAGAAGUUGUUAAGCGAACUGGAUGUAAAUACACCGGCAUCACCUUGUCUGCAGAGCAACUCAAACUUGCCAAAAGAAGAGUGAAAGAUGCAGGUUUAGAGGACAAAAUUACAUUCUUGCUCUGUGAUUACCGCCAAUUACCGAGCUUUCACAAAUAUGACAGAAUUAUAUCUUGUGAGAUGUUAGAAGCAGUUGGGCAUGAGUACAUGGAAGAAUUCUUUGGACGUUGUGAAUCGAUUUUGGCUGAAGAUGGUCUAUUUGUCCUUCAGUUUAUCUCAAUUCCAGAUGAAAGAUAUGAUGAAUAUAGGAGAAGUUCUGACUUUAUAAAGGAGUACAUUUUCCCUGGUGGGUGUCUUCCUUCUCUGAGUAGAGUAACAUCAGCCAUGGCUGCUUCUUCAAGGUUCUGUGUGGAACAUGUGGAGAAUAUGGGCAUACAUUAUUACCAAACAUUGAGAUGCUGGAGGGAUAAUUUCAUGGCCAAAAAGAGUGAGAUUUUUGCCCUGGGGUUUGACGAGAAGUUCUUAAGGACAUGGGAAUACUACUUCAUAUAUUGUGCAGCUGGUUUUAAAUCGCUGACGCUUGGAAAUUAUCAGAUCGUUUUCUCUCGCCCAGGCAACCUUAAAGCAUUCAGUGAUCCAUUCAAAGGCAUUCCAUCUGCAUACUGAUCCUUUCUGGCUUUCUCCGAAAACAUUUACCUUUACGAUUUUUCUUUAAGUCCACUCAUUGGUUUUAUUCUUGUAGUUCUCGGGUAAAAAAGAAAUGAUAUUGGGUAUUAUCCUACAUUUGCUAUUACAGGUUUAAAUUCCUGUCAUUUUUUUUUUUCUUUCUAGAUUUCUCAUGCGAUUAGAGAUAAAGAACAGAGAAGAUGUGAUCCAUCCUUCUUCGGUAGGUGGAGUGCUCUGCAGGAUUUUGGUCUUCAUUGCAAAUAUGUGAAGUAUAUGCUAUACGGAUUAGUUCAUUGCAAAAUUGAACUCGCAAUGCAAGUACCUUAUUGUAAACUGUCGUCGUCCAACACGGCAACACAGCUGUAAUAGCAAUUAGUUAGCUGGGUGCCA